GUAGGCUGUAGAUAAUGUUGAAUCUUUAUAUAAACCCUGAAAAAGUCCGGUGUGGCGUUGGCAGAUGAUAAGAAUCGGGAUCAACUCGGCGCUGGAUUGGCUUGCUUACAAUGGCGGAACCUCCGAAGAUCAAAGUUAAGACGUACUUACCCACCCAGCCGUUCCCACCCAAUGCGGAAAGGAAACAUAUACGCACGGAGCGUCUAGUUAUCCGUCCGUUUACCGAGGAGGACCUUGACGGAAUCUAUACCCUACGUACUCAACCGGAGGUUAUGUACUUCACGGCGGUUGGUCGAAUUGAUGCCAGCAAGGAUGAGACACGGGCAUCAUAUUUGGCGCGCUACCUACCGCCUAACGAUAUUCGGACCUAUCAUAACGUACUUUGCCUCGCCUCGACCGGAGAAAUAAUCGGGACGGGUGGGAUGCCGAAAAUCGAUCUAUUCUUUGGAUGGCCCGAGAUUGCUUACAUGCUCAAGAGAGAGUAUUGGGGACAAGGAUACGCCACGGAAUUCCUGAGGGCAUUUGUAGACCAUUGGUGGACUUUGCCACGGUCCGAGGUUGAGAUUGAGGUGGCUGCGGAAUCGGUGGAUGGAUCUGGAGAGGUACCGGAAAUGCUGUCAGCAAUGGCCGAUGAUGAUAACCCGGCCAGUAAACAUGUCCUCGAGAAGGCUGGAUUCCGAGAAUUUACUAGGUGGACUGGGCCUGAUACACGGGUGGGUGUCGUAGACGACAUUACUCUUGUUGGGUUCGUACUCGAGUCGCCUGGCCAAAAAGCCAAAGUUUCACCUUGAUGGCAUAUUUAAUAAGAAUAAAGUGCCUUGCCAAUGAAGGGUGAAGGGAGAAGAGUGCGGCUCAUAGGACAUGUAUAAUUUCUUCCGAUGCAGAAUGAUGGUCCCAGGAGAUUGGGAAUAGUUAGUGCACUUCCUACCUAUCGUAUAUCGUAUAAUAAUAAAUAUAUGGCUGAGCUACACACAGCCAUGAUUUAGACAAAUAGAAAUGCUGUUAUAACCCAAUCGAAUUCUUGGGUAGGAAUUGGAUUGGCAGAUUGUUCGUAUGUUGCAGGGAUAGUGAGUAAUCGCCUUUGACGAGCGAUAUACAUAGUACGCCGGGACAUUACGGCAGGUUUUGGAUUGGUUGGUUGCUUUGGAAUUGUUGGACGAGAUACCGAAAUAAAUUGAUAC